AUGGAGACUAAAUUGGAAACUGAGGCGUUUCGAUCUGUUUCGAAGGAAGAAGAGCUUCAGAGAGCCAAGUGGUAUAAAGAAGACUUAGAGAAAGGCGAUGGAUGGACUGAAGCGGCCACGGGUCCCGGUUAUACCUACUGGAUUAAGACAAUAGACGCUGACGAAGUUCCCAUUAAGAUAGUUUACACUAUUGACAUGCCCUUCCCCGCUGCAGUUUUUAUGAAGUUGUUGGAUCCCCAGAAUCUAGCAGCUCGUACUGAUUGGGACAAAGCUUUCGUCGACCAUGAGAUUGUAGAAGCCUACCCUAACAAUGGCGGAUAUGUGACGUACAUGCGAGCAGUUUUAUCUUUCCCACUGGUAGACCGAUCGUUCGUUUUGUAUCUUCCACCAAGUACAGAGGUCGACUGGUAUGGAAAACGUGCACAUUUUUCGUUGAUCAAACACGCAUGGCACCCAGCAAAGCCCGAAGGCGAAGAUGGCGUAGUACGAGCGACAAAUGGUGGCAACUUCUACGUGGUGAUGCCAGAUGAGGAGCGACCAGAAGGUGCAUGCAGGGUGUUCGGAUUAACCAACAACCUCUACAAUGGGUGGAUUCCUAAACGUAACAUGGAAUGGAUGCAGAGGAGAGUUGUACCCAAAAAAUUCAACGAGUGGCGAGAAAAUAUGGUGGAGGGUUAUAAAAAGUAUUUUAAUAAUUGA